CCGGGUCCUGUCCCAGCCGAAGGCGCCGCUCCCGCUGCCCGACACUGCCCGCCGCCUGCUACCGGCCCAUGGACGCCGCGCUCCUCCUCGCCCUCGGGCUGCUGGCCCAGAGCUUAUGCCCCUCAGCGGGGGUCCCCAGGCUGAGGCGGCCCCGCACCCUGUACCCCUGGCGCCGGGCACCCACGCUAGGUCGCGUUCGGAGAGCCUGGGUCAUCCCUCCCAUCAGCGUGUCCGAGAACCACAAGCGCCUCCCUUUCCCCCUGGUGCAGAUCAAGUCGGACAAGCAGCAGCUGGGUAGCGUCAUCUACAGUAUCCAGGGGCCCGGUGUGGACGAGGAGCCGCGAGGCGUCUUCUCCAUAGACAAGUUCACGGGGAAAGUGUCCCUGAACGCGAUGCUGGACCGGGAGAAGACCGACCGCUUCAGGCUCAGGGCCUUUGCUCUGGACCUGGGGGGGUCCACCUUGGAGGAGCCCACGGACCUGGAGAUCGUGGUUGUGGACCAGAACGACAACCGGCCUGUCUUCAGGCAAGAAGUGUUCACUGGCCGGGUGCUGGAGGGUGCUGUCCCAGGCACCUAUGUGACCAGGGCUGAAGCCAUGGAUGCGGACGAUCCGGAGACAGACAAUGCAGCACUGCGGUACUCCAUCCUGGAGCAGGGCGGCCCCCAGCUCUUCAGCAUCGACCCACUCACGGGGGAGAUCCGCACAGUGCAAGUGGGCCUGGACCGCGAGGUGGUCGCCGUGUACAAUCUGACUUUGCAGGUGGCGGACAUGUCUGGAGACGGCCUUACCGCCACCGCCUCGGCCAUCAUCACGCUGGAGGACAUCAAUGACAAUGCCCCUGAGUUCACCGGGGACCAGUUCUUCAUGGAGGCUGCAGAGGCUGUCAGCGGAGUGGACGUGGGGCGGCUUGAGGUGGAAGACCGGGACCUGCCUGGCUCCCCCAACUGGGCAGCCCGGUUCACCAUCCUGGAGGGCGACCCCGACGGGCAGUUCACCGUCCGCACCGACCCCAGGACCAACGAGGGUGUGCUGUCCGUGGUGAAGCCCCUGGAUUACGAGAGUCAGGAGCGGUAUGACCUCAAAGUGGCCGUGCAGAAUGAGGCCCCCCUGCAGGCAGCUGCCCCCAAGGCCGAGCGGGGCCAGGCCAGGGUCAGCGUGCAGGUGCGGGAUGUCAACGAGGCGCCUGUGUUCCAGGAGAACCCUCUGCGGACCAGCUUAGCUGAGGGGGCCGCCCCAGGAACGCCUGUGGCCACCUUCUCUGCCCAGGACCCUGACACACAACAGCCACAGAGGCUCAGCUACUCCAAGGACUAUGAUCCCGAGGACUGGCUGCAGGUGGACAGGGCCACCGGCCGGGUCCAGACCCAGCGAGUGCUCAGCCCCUCAUCCCCCUUCCUCAAGGAUGGCUGGUACAGGGCCAUCAUCCUGGCCCGAGAUGAUGCCUCCCCACCCAGCACGGCCACUGGGACCCUCUCCAUUGAGAUCCUGGAGGUCAACGACCACGCCCCUGAGCUGUCUCCGCCGUGGGGCAGCCUGUGCAGCACACCAGACCGGGGUUCCGGCCUUCUCUUGGGGGCCACGGAUGAGGACCUGCCCCCCCACGGGGCUCCCUUCCACUUCCAGCUGAGCCCCAGGGUCCCAGAGCUGGCCCGGAACUGGAGCCUCAGCCAGGUUAAUGUGAGCCACGCGCGCCUGCGGCCGAGGCUCCGGGUCCCGGAGGGGCUGCACCGCCUCAGCCUGCUGCUUCAGGACUCCGGACAGCCGCCCCAGCAGCGCGAGCAGCCCCUGAACGUGACCGUGUGCCGCUGCGGCCAGGACGGCGCCUGCCUGCCUGGAGCCGCUGCACUGCGGGCGGGUGGCGCGGGCAUCAGCCUAGGUGCCCUGGUCAUCAUGCUGGCCAGCGUCAUCCUGCUGCUCUUGCUCGCCCUGCUGGUGGCCCUCCUGGCGCGGUUCCGGCAGCAGUCCUGGGACAAGAGGCUUCUGCACGGACUGCAGGACGACCUCCGGGACAACAUCCUUAACUACGACGAGCAGGGGGGCGGGGAGGAGGACCAGGACGCCUACGACAUGGACCAGCUGCGCCACCCAGCAGAACUGGCGGCCUUUGGCGCCCCCUCGGGACGGCCGCCGCUGCGCAGAGACGCCCCGUUCGGCCGAGCGCGCCCCCAGGCGACCCGUGCGCUGCCCACCAGCCCCGCAGACAUCGCUGACUUCAUCAACGACGGUUUGGAGGCCGCAGACAGUGACCCCAGCGUCCCCCCCUAUGACACGGCUCUCAUCUAUGACUAUGAGGGGGACGGCUCCGUGGCGGGGACACUGAGCUCCAUCCUGUCCAGCCUGGACGAUGAGGACCAGGACUACAGCUGCCUCCGGGAAUGGGGCCCCCGCUUCUCCCGCCUGGCUGACUUGUACGGGCCCCCAUGAGGGCACCAGAGAAGGGCUUUCUGAUGGGGACCUACACUGCCCUGUGGAGGUCACAGCCUCCUGGACACAGAGGGCAGACCUCAGGGGCAAGAGCGGACACGCCUAACUGGGCUGUGUGCCUGGGAAUUCCAGCGGACCUCCAUCAAGGUGGAAGAUGGCUCUGGGCCUGACCCUGGCUCCUUGGUCAGUCUGGUUUCCCCCAGGGGAGGUCAAGGUUCGGAGCUGGAGUGGAGUGGCCAGAAGGAGGCACCCCUUCUGCCCCCGUCAGUCACCUACCACGGGGUCAGGCCCAGUUCCCAGCUGUGCCUCCCACCCACGCUGACCUUAUCUCUGUGUGAAAGGACGUAGCCCGGGGGCAAAUGUGAAUUAAAAGUGUGUUUCUCUCUU